UGCCUUUCUCAUGGAACUUUCCAUGUGGGGCCUCGCCUUGGAGCUGCUGUGGUCCCCUCCCUGGCCUGCGUGCUUCUGUGGGCGAGAGCCGUCUGCCCCCUCUCUGUGGGCCUGUCGUGCCCACGCCGGGAGUACAUGCCUAUCGGCUCCGUCUCGGGCGGGCAGGGAUUGUAGGCCAGCCUUUGGUAAGUGGCCCUUGGGCAUGUGCCCUGGGUGGUCGGUGAGAGCGGGCUUUUCAUUUUUCUUAACCGCGCGUGUCCUGGUGAGUGGCUGUCCCAGCCAAGGCGCUCAGGGACUGCUUUGUUCCAUUUCUAGGUCGUCCCUUCCUUCCAGCCUGGAGAUCAGACGGCUGGGGGAUGGAGCCGAGGGCGUGUUCGCUGUAACUCAGCUCGUCAGGCGGACACAGUUCGGUCCCUUUGAGUCGAGGAGAGUCGCCAAGUGGGAGAAGGAGUCUGCGUUUCCGCUGAAGGUGUUCCAGAAAGACGGGCACCCCGUGUGCUUUGACACCUCCAAUGAGGACGACUGCAACUGGAUGAUGCUGGUGCGGCCAGCAGUGGAGCCCGAGCACCAGAACCUGACGGCCUACCAGCACGGCAGUGACGUGUACUUCACCACCUCCAGGGACAUCCCCCCCGGCACCGAGCUGCGCGUGUGGUACGCGGCCUUCUACGCCAAGAAGAUGGACAAACCCAUGCUGAAGCAGGCCUGCGCCAGUGUCCACGCGGCAGGCACCCCGGAAAACAGCGCCCCGGUGGAAUCGGAGCCGAGCCAGUGGGUGUGCAAAGUGUGUUCUGCCACCUUCCUGGAGCUGCAGCUCCUGAACGAGCAUCUGCUGGGUCACUUGGAACAAACCAAAAGCCUUCCCCCGGCCAGCCAGCAGGACGGGGCUCCGGAGAAGGAACCUGACGGGUCCCGGGGGGAGCCUCCCGCAGUUCCCAAGAGCAUCGGUACCGCCAAAGAGCAGAAGAAAAAGCCUCGAAGAGGGAGAAAACCCAAAGCCUCAAAACCAGAGCAGCCGCUGGUCAUCAUUGAAGGCAAGGAGCCCGCAGAGCAAGUAGCAGAGAUCAUCACUGAGGUGCCGCCAGACGAGCCCGUGACCUCGGCACCGGACGAGCACAUCAUGGAGCUGGUUUUGGGGAAACUGGCCACCACCACCAGCGACACCACUUCAGUGCCAAAGUUCCCCCAUCACCCGAGCAGCAGCAUCACCCUCAAGAGGAGCCUGAUUCUCUCGACCCGCCACGGCAUCCGGAGGAAGCUGGUCCGGCAGCUGGGGGAGCACCGGCGGGUGUACCAGUGCGGCACCUGCAGCAAGGUCUUCCAGAACAGCAGCAACCUGAGCCGGCACGUGCGCUCGCACGGUGACAAGCUGUUCAAGUGUGAGGAGUGCGCGAAGCUGUUCAGCCGCAAGGAGAGCCUGAAGCAGCACGUGUCCUACAAGCACAGCAGGAACGAGGUGGACGGUGAGUACAGGUACCGGUGCGGCACCUGUGAGAAGACCUUCCGCAUCGAGAGCGCGCUGGAAUUCCACAACUGCCGGACAGACGACAAGACAUUCCAGUGUGAGAUGUGCCUCAGGUUCUUUUCCACCAACAGCAACCUGUCCAAGCACAAGAAGAAGCACGGGGACAAGAAGUUCGCCUGCGAGGUCUGCAGCAAGAUGUUCUACCGCAAGGACGUCAUGCUGGACCACCAGAGGCGCCACCUGGAAGGAGUCAGGCGGGUGAAGAGAGAAGACCUGGAGCCCAGCGGGGAGAGCCUGGUCCGCUACAAGAAGGAGCCUUCGGGAUGCCCCGUGUGUGGCAAGGUGUUCUCCUGCCGGAGCAACAUGAACAAGCACCUGCUCACCCACGGCGAUAAGAAGUACACCUGCGAGAUCUGCGGCCGCAAGUUCUUCCGUGUGGACGUGCUCAGGGACCACAUCCACGUCCACUUCAAGGACAUCGCGCUGAUGGAUGACCACCAAAGGGAAGAGUUCAUUGGUAAGAUCGGCAUCUCCUCAGAAGAAAACGAUGAUAAUUCCGACGAGAGUGCAGACUCGGAGCCUCACAAGUACAGCUGCAAAAGGUGUCAGCUCACCUUCGGCCGCGGGAAGGAGUACCUGAAGCACAUCAUGGAGGUGCACAAGGAGAAGGGCUACGGCUGCAGCACCUGUAACCGGCGCUUCGCCCUGAAGGCCACCUACCACGCCCACAUGGUCAUCCACCGGGAGAACCUGCCCGACCCCAACGUGCAGAAGUACAUUCAUCCCUGCGAGAUCUGCGGGCGGAUCUUCAACAGCAUCGGGAACUUGGAGCGGCACAAACUCAUCCACACAGGUGUGAAGAGCCAUGCCUGUGAGCAGUGUGGGAAGUCCUUUGCCAGGAAGGACAUGCUGAAGGAGCACAUGCGUGUGCAUGACAACAUCCGGGAGUACCUGUGCGCCGAGUGCGGGAAAGGCAUGAAGACCAAGCACGCGCUGCGCCACCACAUGAAGCUGCACAAGGGCAUCAAGGAAUACGAGUGCAAGGAGUGCCACCGCAGGUUCGCCCAGAAGGUCAACAUGCUCAAGCACUACAAGCGGCACGUCGGGAUUAAAGAUUUCAUGUGUGAACUGUGUGGGAAGACUUUCAGUGAGAGAAACACGAUGGAGACCCAUAAGCUCAUCCACACAGUGGGCAAGCAGUGGACGUGUUCCGUGUGUGACAAGAAAUACGUCACCGAGUACAUGCUGCAGAAGCACGUGCAGCUCACCCACGACAAGGUCGAGGCUCAGAGCUGCCACCUGUGCGGGACCAAGGUGUCCACCAGGGCCUCCAUGAGCAGGCACAUGCGACGCAAGCACCCGGAGGUCCUGGCCGUGAGGAUCGAUGACCUGGACCACCUCCCAGAGACCACCACCAUUGACGCCUCCUCCAUCGGCAUCGUGCAGCCUGAACUGGGUCUGGAGCAGGAAGAUCUGGCGGAAGGGAAGCCCGUGAAAGCAACCAGGAGAAGUCACAAGAGGAAGCAGAAGCCGGAGGAGGAGGCGGGGGCGCCUGUGCCGGAGGAUGCGGCCUUCAGCGAGUACUCGGAGAAGGAGCCCGCGUUCACGGGCGGCGUGGGCGACGAGACUGACUCUGCAGUGCAGAGCAUCCAGCAGGUGGUGGUGACUCUGGGUGACCCAAAUGUGACCACUCCUUCGAGCUCAGUUGGCUUGACCAACAUCACCGUGACACCCAUCACCACGGCAGCCGGGACUCAGUUCACCAACCUCCAGCCAGUGGCCGUUGGGCACCUAACCACCCCGGAACGUCAGCUGCAGCUGGACAACCCUAUCCUGACCGUGACGUUUGAUACCGUCAGUGGCUCCGCUAUGUUGCACAACCGCCAGAACGACAUCCAGCUGCACCCCCAGCCGGAAACCUCAAACCCACAGUCUGUGGCCCACUUCAUCAAUCUGACCACGCUGGUCAACUCCAUCACGCCCCUGGGGAACCAGCUCAGUGACCAGCACCCGCUCACGUGGCGGGCAGUGCCCCAGACUGACGUGCUGCCAGCCCCCCAGACACAGGCCCCCCCACCGCAGGCGGCACAACCCCAGGUGCAGGCUGAGCAGCAGCAGCAGAUGUAUAGCUACUGAGGCACCUGGUGGAAAACUUGCAAAGGGAACCUCAGUUAGGUUUCCUUGUUUAAUGCUGAGAUUUGUUUGCUGGAUACCAAACAAAGAAAAAGAAAUCAUAAUUGCAAUGUAAGUAAGGUUGACUUAGCUUUUGCAGAAUUAUCUCCAAAGCCCCCAGCAACCAUGAUGGUCUGCCAGCGUGAGUGCAGCAGGCCAGCUGUGAUGCGAGCAGGUUGCAGGCGCCGCCUUAGCCGGGCAGCUGGCUGGGCCGUGGCCUCGCCCCCAGCCUUCCCCAGCCAAACCCAGUGUGGUGGACACGGGCUGGGGAAAGCGAAACGUCAAGAGAAGCAGGAUCACAAGAGGCAAGUGCUAUGUUAUUAGGAGCAUAAGUGGUUCCUUUUCUUUUUCCUUUAGAACUGUUACUGUAUCAAAACAUAGGCAGUCUUCACAGGUGGCAACAAGCUGCCAUGACGAGCAGCCUUCUUGCUUCUGGAUAUUUUUUGCAAGGGAGCAGGUAGAAGUUAAAGUAACAUUGAGUCUCUUUGAAAUCUCAGUUGAGUCGAGUUUGUUUUACAACUUUGGGCUGAAACCAUGUGUGAGAAGAUGGCUGUGAGCACACGGCCCUCCUCUGGCCUUCAGGUUCAUCCCGGGCAAGGCGCCAUGUGAGGUCACUGACUCGGGCAUAAAGGUCUCGUGGUAAUUUAGUACAUGAAUUAAUUUUCAGGAUCAUUUCUUCUUCUUUUUUUAACUUUAUGUCAAGCAUAAGUUAUGUAUUCAAGACUCUGUUGUGGCCAUGUUUUUUAAUUUUUUGUUUUAACAUGCUAAAGUCGUUUGCACUGUAGGACUGUUGGUCCGCCUCCAAUUCUACACAACUGCCCUGGUGCAAAGGGGCACACAGUUGUGUGCAACAAGGAAGCCUGGUGCUGUCCCUGCUGGUGGCACCUUCGGGUGUGGCUUCCCUGCCACCACAUACGUUUAUCAUGGCCGGCUCAGCCAACAUCCCCUGAACUGAAGAACAGGGAAGAAAUUCGUGGUUUUUCCUGUUUAAAUUUUUAUUCCAAAGGUUGACGUGGCUCAAGACCAGUUUUCUGUCACAAUGUCGAAUAAGCUUGGAAAGCAUAGGUUUUCGUGAAACAAUGAUGCUGCCCUUUGCUGCCAGGCAGUAACGAAGGCGGAGGCCGGCUCACAGUGGGGCCACCGGUGCCCCCAGUGGACGUGCUGAGUGGGACAUGCCCUUGGCGCCCACGCCCUUGCGAGCAGCCAGCCCCACCGCUGCUCACCCCGAAACAGAAACAAGCUUGAUUUUUACUCUCCUCAUAUUUUCUUAACGCUGUCCAAAAUGAAGUGUUAAAAUUGCCUUAUUUGUCCUCGAGCACUCUUUGUCCCAGACCCUGUGUGAUCUGGGAGGCCACCUAGAAGAAAUACUAAAUAGGAGUCAGCGGUGGGUGAACGAGGCCCGGUUAUCUCAUGCUGCCCGUGAGGCUAAGGACCAUUUGUUACACAAAAUGAAUUUUCUCGGCACUUCACUUUAUUCCAGAUUGUGAGAUUCUGAGGCUAGGGCUAGAAUUGGUUUUGUGCAAUACACGCCUUCACAGACUGCGGAGAUCCGUCGCCAGGGGCACGUGACGUGGGCCUGCGGAGCUCGGGUCACACACAGCCCAUUCACACACUCCCAGCUCGCACCUCACCUCAGUUACCGAAUUGUGGGAGAUUGUUUGCCUUUUUAAUUUAUGAUAAUUAUUUUUAUGUUAUUUAUGUAUAUAAUUAACUGCUUUUUACAUAAUAGUUUCAUCGAAGGAAUUUGGGCGAGGGGUGAUAGAUUUUCUAAAACGGUGUCUCUGUUCUCCAAAUCUAAGGGGCCCAGGUGUCCACGGGAUCGCCCAGAAUGCCAGGCCUCGUUCCUAGGAUAUUUUUUAAAAGUCACUAACUUUCUUUUUGCAUUUGCAGAAUAUAUAGGGCGAAUGACCAAGUCCAAAAAACCCCAAACAUGAUUAAGCAUCUGCUAGCACCUGUCUUCUUCCCUGUGAAACAAAGGCCUUUAAAUCACAGUUUUAUUUUUUUAAAGAGGUCGUGUUUGUGCCUAGAGUAAGAAUGCAUCCAGUGUUCUUAAAGAGCCUAACUUAGGCUGUGUGGCCUGGUGCACGACCCCGUUUAUUUCAAUAACAGACGCACAAUAAUACUUCCUCUUAUAACAAGUGAGGACUCCAAAUAGAAGUGAGAUGUACUCCUGAGUUUCCUGUAGAUGGAUUUGGUUUCACAGGGUCACUGUGUGAGGCCGAAUGGGUUCAGGUUGUCUCAGGACAGUUGCUCUGAGUGUGCGUGGGGAGUAAGGACACCAAGGUCUCCUUGGCCCAGAGUGGUUGAUCGCAGAUGCUCUGCGCCUGCAUCACUGUUUACAGACGGAAAUGUUUCAUUUUUCAACUGAUCCCGGGUGCACAGCUGUAGCUGGAAAUUAGGCUCAGCUUCUGUGGCCACCAGGCUCUGUGAAUCCAUCUUGGUUGUUUUAAAUUAAUAAAUCAUGAGAAUUUAUUUCAGGCCUGUGACUUUGUAAUGUGUCGUUCUGGGCCACAAGGCGGGGUGAACCUUGCAGAGCUGGGCCCCAGUUCAGACGCCUGAAUUCCGAGCUCGGCAGCCAGGAAGGGACUGGGCCUCUGGAUCGGCCGUCCCAUGGGACGCGUUCUCUGUGCCAGGUGCCACCUCUGUGUCCCACAGGAAACCACUUGGGAGGCAGAUUCACAGACUUGAUACUUUUUUUCCCAGCUACGGUGUCCAAAGGCGUGAGGCUCGUGGCUUCCCAGCUUGAGCCCCUGUCAGUAACUUUGCCAUUGGUUUCGAAACAUAUUGAGACUGUUUGGAGAAUUCAGUGUAUUUCGUGUCCCAUCAGUUUGUUUAACAACAAAUAAAAGGUGCUGUGACCUGUGUUUUUCGAUCA